UCCGCCAUUUUGUUCAUCAACUGUUUUCCGACGGAUUUCUGAAUACUAAGAAACAUUUAGGAGGUUCUCCUUAGUGUUUCGUCCAUUGGAAUUAAAGAUCGGGGGACGAUAUCUACUAAUUCAGGAUGAACGGAGUGGUGUUUCUUUCGUGUUUCUUGGGGUUCCUUUGUCUUUCAAUGGGACAAAUUGAUAUCCCUGCUGACUGCGGGGUCUGCGAUCGCAGUGCCUGUCCUAGCCAGGAAGACAUGGUUUGUAAGGCAGGAAUCACCCGUGAUAGGUGUAAAUGUUGUCAGGUGUGCGCCCAGGCUGAGGGGGAGGUCUGUGAUUUGCCGGGACAGGGGGACAAGUACCCAAAAUGUGGCGACUACCUUACCUGUGUUCAGAUGGAAAGCAACAAAGAUUUGGGAGUGUGUGUCUGUGACUAUCAGGAUAACCUUUGUGGUACCGAUGACGUCACAUACACCAGCAUCUGUAAGCUCAGAGAGGCCCAAACCAAGAAAGGACGUGAUCUAAAAGUCCAGAGCUCCGGACCGUGCAAAUCAGCUCCUCGUAUCCUGACUGGACCAGACAGCGUAACCAACGUUACUGGAGACAAUGUGGUUCUGAUCUGUGAAGCUGCAGGAUACCCGAUCCCUCACAUUGGCUGGCUGUUCCAGAGGACAGACGCAGAAAUCAGCAACCUGCCAGGAGACGACAUGUCGGUCUCCACUGUAUCCCGGGGUGGUCCCGAAAAGUACCAGGUGACGGGGUGGCUUCAGGUGGAACAGGCCAGCAAGCACCACGAGGGUUACUACAUUUGUGUGGCCCACAACAAGCUGGGAUCAGACAAAAAGACUGGGAGGAUUAAGAUUCACGAGAAAGUAUUGAACAGAGUGGAACGAAAAGAAGAUGGAGACCAGAUCUGAGUAGAAUCACCAGAGUCUUUCAAGGCGAUAAUUUUAGCUUUCUGCUGUUUUAGCUAAUAACUUUAAUGUUUGUUCAUUAAUUGUGAAUUAUUUUGGAAUGAAUGCCACUAGCAGAUCACUGAAAGUCUCUGUCUCUCAAUACACGUAUGUAUGAUGUAUUUUGUCACAUUGUUCUGUUCUUUUUUAUGUUGUAAAUCUGCAAUCUUUAUUUGUCCUUAGAUCACAAUCUGUAUUAUAAUUAUUUUUAUGCCAAUCUGAAUACUCAAUUUUUUCUCUAUUUUUAUUGAAUAUCAUAGCUUAUAUUUUUAUUAUGAACCAUAAACUUAUAAUAUAUCUAUACUCUAUUUUUUCUUUCGUAUUUUAUGUCGACUUAUUGCUUGCUACACAUGACAAAAUGUCCAUGAACUUUUAUUUUGAAAAAAAAAAAACAAUCAGUAUUAAGAAGUUUUUCACAUUUUUUGUCAAAUUGUUUUGUUUCCUUAUACCUGAAGUAUAAUAUUGUUUACAAAUGUCCUUACAAAUUUAUAUUUUUCUGUCUUUAUAAUCUUGCCUCUGAUCCGACAGUUAAAGGAAAUCGGUAUAAGUGACUUUGGAUUCUAUCUAAAAUCAAUGAUGUUGUUAACACAAAAUCUAGUGAACAACCAAGUCUUCCAUUUUUGAAAAUGCUAAAAAAAAUAAAUUUCAAAUACUCA